UCAUAAAAAAAGGAGGCGGCCCGAAUAGAACGUCAGUCAUUUCAACACUUACCAUCGGAGGAAGGAAGAAAGGAGGACGAGAGGGGGACCGAGGUGAAGCCCCGCUUGGUUUCCUUUGGUUCUGUUGUGUUCUUUAGCGUUGUGAGGGAACAUCGAACCGUGAUGUGUUUUGGCGUACUGUCGCGUUAACCUUCUCGUGAGAGCACAACGAGCAAGUCUUAGUCGGGAAUCGAACAAUGGAACAUCAUCGCCAUGACGACGACGGAGACUACGAGGACGAGGAGGUGGAUCCCCGGAUCCAGGGUGAGCUGGAGCGACUCAACCAGUCGUCAGACGACAUCAACAGAUGUGAGACAGCACUGGAGGAUGCCAGGCAGAAGUUCCGUUCGGUCCUACUUGAGGCCACAGUCAAGCUGGACGAGCUUCUCAACAAGAUCGGGAAGCCUGUGGACGAGUCCAAGCCGUAUUGGGAAGCUCGGCGUCUGGCCCGGCAGGCCCAGCUGGAGGCCCAGAAGGCCACCCAAGACUUCCAGAGAGCUACUGAGGUCCUGCGGGCCGCCAAGGAGACCAUCUCGCUGGCCGAGGAGCGGCUUCAGGAGGAGGACAGGCGUCACUUCGACUCCGCCUGGCAGGAGAUGCUCAACCACGCCACCCAGAGGGUGAUGGAGGCGGAGCAUGCAAAGACCCGAAGCGAAGCGGCGCACAAGGAAACGGCGGCCAAUUACACGGCGGCCAUCAGUCGCAUGAAGCAGCUGGAGAAGAAACUUAAACGCACCAUCAACAAGUCAAAACCCUACUUUGAGAUGAAAGCCAAGUUCUAUCUGCAGCUGGAGAACCUGAAGGCAACGGUGGACGAGCGGCAGGCCAAGCUGACCCAGGCCAAGGCUGAAUACAAGGCGGCCCUCAGGACCCUAGAGAUCAUCUCUGACGAGAUCCACGAGCGCCGCCGGAACUCCACCAUGGGCCCGCGGGGGCAGGGUGUGGGCGCUGAGGGGGACGGCGGCGUCUGUGGGAAGGACGCAUCCAGCUUCAAGAUGGAGUCUGAUGGAAUUUCCAUGAUGUCUGUGUGCUUUGACGACGAGGCAGGCGGUGCAGGCAGCGCCAUGUCUGAGGAAGAUUCCGACACUCGUUCUACUUGCAGUUUGGCUUCCACUCCCGGAAGCCCUCAGGAGCUCCUGUCACCGUGUCCCCUCACCUCUCCAUCACCAAGUCCCUCCUCAUCCUCAUCCUCCUCCUCCUCCUCCUCACCCUCGUCUGCGCCUCCCUCCAGGCCGUGCAGCCUGGACCUCCCAAACUCAGUUUCCCUGUCAGACUUCGGUCUCAUCUCGCCGGUGCUUGGGCCUCGCAGCGAGUGCAGCGGAGCGUCUUCACCCGAGUGCGAACUGGAGAGAGGUGAGCGAGCAGAAGGCGCAGAGAUGACUUUGGACAACGGGCCCGUCCUCAACAAGAACGUGAUGUCCAGCACCAAGAAGAGUUUUAAUCUGGAGGCUCGCUUCAGCUUCCUCAACCUGCGGCGCCAACGCAGUGACGCCAAAAACACUGAUAACUUUUCCCAGAAGGCCGUGGUGCUGGUCAAAGGACUAUGAGGACCAACUGCACUCUACCAGGAAGACUGAAGAGAACUAUUGAGCUGGGGGUGCACCUUUUGACAAAGGAGUACAGUUUGAAGAACAAAUGAAGGUAGUGUUUUGUUUUUUAUCUACCCUGAAAAUACUUGUCACAAAAAGAAAUGAGCCGCCAUCACCUUAAAUGUCUUCAUCCUUGUUAUUAAGUCACUUAGUGUUGACAUUUGAUGGAAGCCAAUGGCCAGACGAAAGGAAGGUCAAUGAAUGCGUCUUGUGGGAAUGUUGAAUAAAGAAAACGUUGCACUGACGGAC